UUUGCUUCCUAACAAGCAACAGCCAGGGCUGAAAUGGAGCUGCUGGGAAUCACUACCCUUGUUCUUGUGGUUUCUGUGAUUUGCCUCAGCUUCCUUUCAGUGUGGGCAAAAACACACACUGGGGGAAGACUUCCCCCUGGCCCAACUCCACUUCCCAUUAUUGGGAAUAUACUGCAGUUAAACCUGAAGGAUGUCCCUGCAUCUCUUUCCAAGCUGGCUGAAAAGUAUGGGCCUGUUUACACUUUGUACUUUGGAUCCUGGCCUACUGUGGUCCUGCACGGAUAUGAUGUGGUGAAGGAGGCUCUACUCAAUCAAGGUGAUGAAUUCCUUGGGAGAGGACCUCUUCCCAUUGUUGAAGAUAGCCUGAAAGGAUAUGGUCUCAUUUUCACUAAUGGGGAGAGAUGGAAGGUCCUACGACGCUUCUCUCUCAUGACGCUCAGGAACUUUGGGAUGGGGAAGAGAAGCCUGGAAGAGAGGGUGCAGGAGGAAGCCCAGUGCCUUGUGGAGGAGUUGCAACAAAUGGGAGCUCAGCCCUUUGAUCCCACCUUCAUCCUGGCCUGUGCUCCCUGCAACGUGAUCUGCUCCAUCCUCUUCAACGAGCGUUUCCACUACAAGAACAAGACACUCCUCAACCUCAUGGACCUUUUAAAUAAAAAUUUUCACCAAGUCAACUCUAUAUGGUGCCAGAUGUACAAUCUCUGGCCAACAAUUAUGAAGUAUAUACCUGGGAAGCAUAAAGAAGUCCCCCAAAGAAUCGAUGAUAUUAAAAACUUCAUUCUGGAAAAAAUAAAGGAGCAUCAGGGAUCCCUGGAUCCUGCUAACCCUCGGGACUACAUUGACUGUUUCCUCAGCAAGAUUGAGGAGGAGAAGCAUAACCCGAAAUCUGAAUUUGAUCUGGAGAACUUGACAACCUGUGGGUCCAACUUGUUUACAGCAGGCAUCGAGACAACCAGUGUCACCCUGCGAUUCGGGAUUCUGCUCCUGGUGAAGUACCCAGAGGUGCAAGUCAAAAUUCAUGAAGAAAUUGAUCGUGUGAUCGGACGUCACCAGCCCCCCAGCAUGAAGGACAAAGUGAAGCUGCCCUACACCAAUGCCGUGUUGUAUGAGAUUCAAAGAUACAUCACUCUCCUUCCCUCUAGUCUGCCGCAUGCUGUGGUCAAGGACACAAAAUUCAGAGACUAUGUCAUCCCCAAGGGCACCGCCGUUCUCCCGCUACUGUCUUCCGUCUUGUUGGACCAUAAAGAGUUUCCCAACCCAGAGACCUUUGACCCGGGACACUUUCUGGAUAAAAAUGGAUGCUUCAAGAAAACAGACUACUUUGUUCCUUUCUCCCUUGGGAAGCGGUCCUGUGUAGGCGAGAGUUUAGCCCUUAUGGAGCUGUUCCUUUUCUUCACGACCAUUCUGCAAAAGUUUUCCCUCAAGUCUCCAGUGGAGCCCAGGGACCUAGAUAUCAAACCAACAGCUACUGGGAUCAUCAACAUGCCACCACCUUAUAAGCUGUGUCUCGUUCCUAGAUAAGAGUUUAUCCUUCCAAUCAUAUGAACGCAAGUCAUUGGUUCCUUUUACUUACUCGGUCUAGGCCAGAAACACUAUUCAUUAAGGCAAUGUGGGCAUUUUGUUUCAAUCUACAAAUUCCUUGACAUUCAGGUCUGGGUCCUGAAAGCUCCCAGGACACAAUGUGUCUGUGUUCCUCACCUCAUUAUAAAGCAGGCCCCAGCAGAACUGACACCAGGUCCCUGAAGGCCUUCAUUAAACAAUGUCAGCAAGUAGCGGAGCUCCCUCUAGAAUAGCUUUGGAAAUAAACUGAUUGUCACUUUUACAUAGGGAGAUUAAUGCAAUGGCCCACAUACAUCUUCCCACUCUCACUUAACAGCAUUUAUAUGGUUAUGUCACAUUCACAGAAUAAAUUUUCACCCUAACAGUAGA